AGAGAAAUAAUAGGCAGUGACAAUGCUGGCGACCGUGCUGUGUGUUGCGGCCUUGGGGCACCUCGUCCUAGGCGAGAACCCCCAGGUCACCACCUCCUAUGGUACCAUGAAGGGGCAGUUCCUCAAGUCUAGGGAUGGCAGGGAAUUCUCCUCCUUUACCAGGAUACCUUACGCCAAGCCACCUGUCGGAGAACGGAGGUUUCUGAUUUCAGAGAAAGCAGACAACUGGACUGGGAUACUCGACGCAACUUUAUCUACUCCAUCUUGUUACCAGCCGAAUCAAUUUCAAUCAGACACACCGUUCAUGGGACAAGAAGACUGCCUCUUCCUCAAUGUCUUCACGCCCAAUGUGACAGGAAAAUUGCCAGUUAUCUUCAGCAUUCAUGGAGGUGGCUUCAUGACUGGUUCCGUAGCAUAUUUCAGUAAAGCUAAGUUUUUCAUGGACGAGGAUGUAGUAUUCGUCGCACCUAACUAUCGCCUCGGAACUCUGGGAUUCCUCAGUUUGGAAGACAACGUGAUAUCGGGAAAUAUGGGGCUUAAGGAUCAAGCCCUCGCUUUGGAAUGGGUCUCUAAGGAAAUCGCCGCAUUUGGCGGGGACCCGAACAUGAUAACUGUCAUCGGUGAGAGUGCUGGGGGAGUUUCUUCAAACAUUAUCUGCUCAGUUCCGAGAACCAAUGGCCUUAUCAAAGGAUGUGUUUCCCAAAGCGGCGACGCCUGGUCACCAUGGAAUUACCAGAAGCCCGGUGUGCCCAAAGAGAGGGCCUUGAGAUUGGUGAAGGCAGUAGGCUGUGCAGAAGACAAGGAUCGUCUUAAAUGCCUUCAAAGUAAACCCAUCGAGUUAGUUGGAAACAUGGCCUUCUUAUCUAAUGGCACAGUUGGUCUGUCUAUCGUAUCUCCGGUUCUGGAAUCUGCGUCAGCUCCAAAUGCGUUGCUGACAGCCUGGCCUCCAGCGAUGGCGCAUAACUAUCCCUGGAUCGUCGGAGUGUGUCAAGACGACGGACUGCUCUUUACCUAUGAAUACGAGUACAAAAUGAAAAGCCAGCAGGAAAUAGAUCAGUUCAUCCAAGAUUUCAACAAAACUGCUAUAAGAGAACUAAAGCUGGAGAAGCCAACAAACGAAAUCCAAAAAAUACGGGAAAGAUUUUUUACAAACGUUGAACCUUUGAGGGCAAUCCGAAACUUUUUUUCGGAAUACAUGUUCGUGUACCCGGCUUUAAAGGGCUUAAAUAAACAACCUGGACCAACUUACUUUUAUAAAUUCAACUACACCGGAGGACCGCAGUUUCCCUUUGUUGCUGACGUUCCAGAAAUAGGAGUUGGACAUGCUGCGGAAAUGCCUUACUUCUUUGAAGUACCAUUGAAGUUUCCAUCAGGUUGGCCACACGCUGCAGACACUGCACUGUCCAAGCAGUUAGUCAAGAUGUGGGCGAACUUCGCCACAGAUCAAAAACCAAGCAGCCAAGGUAUGGUACAAUGGUCUCAGUUCGACGGAAAAUAUUUUUUGGAUAUCCAAAAUUCUGGUGUUACAUUGAGAGAAUUCGCCCAAUAUCAGGAGAUGCUCGAUUUCUGGAAAACUAUUUUUCCCGACCAGCCUUCUAAAUCGUCAACAAGUCAAUCAUCGUUGUUGUUCAUUGCAGCUUUAAGCAUAUUUGCUGUAUACAAAGGACUAUUUAUUUAAAUAAGCGAUGUUAAUUUUUUGUAAAAUUUUAAAUA